AUGGAUCUAGUUCGGAUUACCCAACUCUACUGUGCUGUUCACUCGUUUCUGAAGUCGCAAAACCGCAGAAUUCUUCGAGAAAAGUUUGCCAAUCUUUUUUCGUCGAUAAAAAUGUCGUACGUCGCUCGCAAAGGACCCGCCGUUUACUCUGCCCUCAGCAAAUGGGCGUACAACAUGGCCGGUUUCAACCAGUACGGUCUUCACCGGGACGACUGCCUGUACGAGAACGAGGACGUGAAGGAAGCGAUCCGCCGUCUGCCGGAGAAGCUGAAGGAUGAGCGCAACUUCCGCAUCACUCGCGCCCUCCACCUCUCGAUGACGAAAACCAUCCUGCCGAAGGAGCAGUGGACCAAAUACGAGGAGGACACCAAGUAUCUGGAACCGUACUUGGAUGAGGUUGUCCGGGAGCGUGAUGAGAAGCUCAAGUGGGAGUCGAACAAGUAAAUAUCGUGGCAAUUUCGACCGCCAAUGUGCACACGUUCUCGUGGGACGGUCCUGCAAGGAUGCCGUCUACAAACCAUCCGUACCGGAUGGACGCAAUUAUGCUACCCGGUACAGCGGGACGAUGUGAGAUGAUGUGAAAUAUUAGGAAUAAAUCAUAUAUCGUUGG